CAACAACAACAACAACAACAACAACAAUAACAGCAACGACAGCAGUAACAGCAACAACAACAACAACAACAACAACAACAACAACAACAAUAACAGCAACAACAACAGUAAUAACAGCAGCAAGAACAACAACAACAGCAACAACAAGAACAACAACAGCAACAGCAACAGCAACGACAACAACAACAACAACAACAGUAACCGCAACAACAAUAACAACAACAGCAACAACAAGAACAAGAAGAAGAACAACAACAGCAACAACAACAAUAACAGCAACAACAGCAGUAACAGCAACAACAACAACAACAACAGCGACAGCAACAACAACAACAACAACAACAACAGCAACAGCAACAACAACAACAAACAACAACAAACAGCAACAAACAAUGACAACAAUAAUGACAGUAGCAGCAAUAACGACAACAAGCAGCAAUGAUUUUAACCAAUAA